AGAAAAGGUGCAUAUAACUUUUAGUUAGCUAGUUGGCACCUGACCUUGGAGAAAGUUUGGCACCUUCUCAUUGGACACUGCAUGGAUAUUUGUUUAGUUUUUGUUUGAAAUGGGUUUUUUUCCGUGCAGAAUCGUUCGAUACCACAAGUAAACAAAAUGAAGCAAACUGGAUUGAUCACACCACAGUUGAUUCCCACUAUUGUCCAAGCUGUCUGGAGAACAUGCCCUCGGCUGAGGCCAAACUGAAGAAGAACAGGUGCGCUAAUUGCUUUGACUGUCCAAGCUGCAUGCAUACUCUCUCCACAAGAGCAACAAGCAUCCCAGCACCCCUGCCCGAUGAUCCAGCCAAGACCACAAUGAAGAAGGCGUACUACCUGGCCUGUGGUUUCUGCCGCUGGACUUCUAGAGAUGUUGGCAUGGCGGACAAAUCUGUGGCAAGUGGAGGGUGGCAGGAACCGGAGAACCUUCAUGCCCAGAGGAUCAAUAAAUUGCUGGAGUAUUACCACCAGUUGGCCCAGAGGGAGAAGAUUGAACGCGAUCGGAAGAAGCUGGUCAGACGUAGAAACUACAUGCCCCUGGCCUUUUCUGACAAGUACGGCCUCGGCACCAGACUGCAGCGGCAGCGAGCAGGGGCUCCUCUUAUUUCCCUCAGCGGAUCUACGUUGAAGGAUGGCGAGGACCACAAGGACAUUAAGAUCGAGCCUGCACAGGCAUUGGAAGAGGUAGAGCCGCUGCCUGAGGAUUACUACACCAGACCCAUUAACCUGCCUGAGGUGACCACCCUUCACCAACGAUUGAUGCAGCCAGAUUUUCAACCCAUAAGUGCUUCCCAGUUACAUCCAAAGCACAAGCACCUCCUGAUAAAGCGCUCACUGCGCUGCCGGAAGUGUGAGCACAACCUGAGCAAGCCCGAGUUCAACCCAACGUCGAUCAAGUUCAAGAUCCAGCUGGUUGCUGUCAACUAUGUUCCAGAGGUGCGAAUUUUGACCAUUCCCAAUCUGCGUUACAUGAAGGAGAGCCAGGUGCUGCUGACACUGACAAACCCCGUGGAGAACCUCACCCACGUAACUCUGCUGCCCUGUGAGGAGUCUGACCCAGAUGAUGUGUGCAGCACUGCCAAGGUCACGCUUCCUUCGAAGGAGAUCAUUCUGGCUGGGAAGGACGCAGCGGCUGAGUACGACGAACUGGCUGAGCCCCAGGAUUUCCACGAUGACCCAGAUGUGGUGGCCUUCCGGAAAUCCAACAAGGUGGGUGUCUUCAUUAGGGUGAUCCCGCAGAAAGAGAGCGGAGACAUCAACAUCAGCUUCAAGCUGCGCUACGACUUCAGAAACCCAGCGGGAGCCAUCCGGCCGGCUGAUGAAGCCGAACUGAGCGCAGAGGUCAUCUGGCUGACCCAGCAUGUUGAUCUCAGGCUGGGACCCCUGGCCGCCUGAGCUUGGGACCUUCUCUACCCCUUCCCUCCCAGUGACCCCCCACCACCACACCAGAAACCCAGCGGGAGCCAUCCGGCCGGCUGAUGAAGCUGAACUGAGCGCAGAGGUCAUCUGGCUGACCCAGCAUGUUGAUGUCAGGCUGGGACUUUCUCUACCCCUUCCCUCCCAGUGACCCCCCACCCCCACACCAGCAACUGGGUGUCUCUUUACUGGGGUUGGGGCAGAGGGAACCGAAAGGGUCAGAGAAACUCACCUAUCUGGAGGUCACACAGGCCUCUCUUGCUGUUGAUGGGGUGGGUGCAGUGAUUCUUCAUGGGCUGAGCAGCAUAUGUGGGGACGGUAAAUCACAAGCAUGGGAUUGUGCAGUUGCUGGCAAUGCAGAGCAAUACACACAAAAUACUGGAGGAACUCAGCAGGUCAGGCAGUAUCUAUAGAAAAGAAUAAACGGUCAACAUUUCGGACUGAAGCCCUUCAUCAGGACUGAAAAGGAAGGGGGCAGUAAUCAGAAUACUUCCCUUUCUCACCAGUCUUCUAUCCUGGGUCAGUCUUUGAAGUUGGCCCCAGGGGUAGCCCAUCUUAAUCUACUAGGCAAAGAUCUUUCCUCUCGCAGGGGUGAGGUCUUUUAGAGCUUCUGUUGGCAUUUCUAUAGCUCUGGGUUCUAACAGAAUAGAGUUCCUAGCCCCCAUCCUUUUGCAGCUAUGCUUGGAACUGUUCACAGUGGAUUUAAUACUUUUUCCCCCCCUUCCCCUUUAUUUUGGCAUCUUCCCCCUUUCUUUCCAGUCCUGAUGAAGGGUCUCGGCCCAAAAUAUCAACUGUUUAUUCUUCUACAUAGAUGCUGCCUGACCUGCUGAGCUCCCCCAGCAUUUUGUGUGUGUCGCUCAGGAUUUCCAGCAUCUGCAGAAUCUCAUGUUUAUCUUCAGCUGCAUGCUUUUGGGCAAACUUGGUUUAAAAUGCCAUGUCUCUGGGUGAAUUUGAACAAGACGUUGAAAGCUUCACGCAAUGAGCAAACUGCUGUAGGAACUCUGGGGUCGAGCAGCAUCUGUGUGAAGGGGUGGCAGAUGAAAAAGUCCACAUUUCAGAUCAAGGUCUUGCUUCGGGAAAAUUCCUUUCUCCCCCCCCCCCCCCCCAACUGAAACUGAUCAACCGUCUGGGUUCUUCCAACGGAUUGUGUGUGUUGCUACAGAUUCUGGCAUCUACAGCCUCUUGUGCCUUCACUGUCACUCAGCACAGUGACGCACAGACCCCUGAUGUUCCUGGCCAAGAGAUGGUUAUGGAUUUGGGAUGCACCCUUCUUGCCCUCUGUGAUAACCCGAUUGCCAGAUUCCCUCCCUCUGGCCCCACCGAGAGACAGCAACUAGGAACAUUGUCCCCCACGGACAGCAAGAAUUCCUCCUCCCGUUGCUGAACACUACUCUCCUCUCCCUGCCCCAGAACUGCAGCUGGAACGAUUAAACAUGAGAUUCUGCAAAUGCUGGAAAUCCAGAGCAACACAAAAAGAUUAGCUUUGUUUUUAUCAUGUACAUCAAAAUAUUGAGGUGUGACUGAUCUGCCUCACUGCACGCCUCUCGAUCUCAGACCCCUCACCUUGUAACAAUCUUCCUCGUGCAUUAGCGUAGUUACUACUUCCUCCACCUCCUGUUGUCAGAAAUCCUGCAGCUGGCACGCGAAAAGCCUAGACAAAAAAGCUAUUUGACCCUUCAUUGACAUCCUGCAUUCCACUGCUGCCCCCAGGUUUUUCACUCUCCUUGCCCUUUGUCACUGGUCAUCUGUAACCUAUUGCGGCUCCCUGUGUACUGCCGCCUGUAACUCCUUGCGACUCCCUGCACACCCCACUGUCUGUAACCCCUUGUGGCUCCCUGCAUACAAGGUUGCCUGUAACCCCUUGUGGCUUCCUGUGUACGAGGUUGCCUGUAACCCCUUGUGGCUCCCUGUGUACGAGGUUGCCUGUAACCCCUUGUGGCUUCCUGCGUAUGCAGCUGCCUGUAACCCCUUGUGGCUCCCUACGUACGAGGUUGCCUGUAACCCCUUGUGGCUUCCUGCGUAUGCAGCUGCCUGUAACCCCUUGUGGCUCCCUACGUACGAGGUUGCCUGUAACCCCUUGUGGCUCCCUGCGUACGAGGUUGCCUGUAACCCCUUGUGGCUCCCUGCGUACGAGGUUGCCUGUAACCCCUUGUGGCUCCCUGCACACCCCACUGUCUGUAACCCCUUGUGGCUUCCUGUGUACGAGGUUGCCUGUAACCCCUUGUGGCUCCCUGCGUACGAGGUUGCCUGUAACCCCUUGUGGCUCCCUGCGUACGAGGUUGCCUGUAACCCCUUGUGGCUCCCUGCGUACACGGCCGCCUGUAACCCCUUGUGGCUCCCUGCGUACGAGGUUGCCUGUAACCCCUUGUGGCUCCCUGCGUACGAGGUUGCCUGUAACCCCUUGUGGCUCCCUGUGUACGAGGUUGCCUGUAACCCCUUGUGGCUCCCUGCGUUUGCAGCCACCUGUAGUCCCUGUGGCUCCCUGCGUACAUGGCUGUCUGUAAACACUUGUGUUGGCUCCUUGUGUUUGCGGUUGCCUGAAACUGCUGUGCUAUACCAGUUGAUGUUCUAGUGUAUUAACGUGUAACUUAUAUCAAUUAAACAAUAAACAAAUUUCAACACUGAC